AUGGCAACGCGACCGGGCGAGGAGAAUGUUGCGACACUAUUCGCAGACAUUCAUUAUUUCUAUGGCCCCGAAACUAUGAAGCCCAGGCAUCAUAGGUUCGACAAGGGUUCAUAUGUCUACCUUUUCGAAAAUGCCAACGAGCGCCGAUGUCGCAUUGAAAUCGCCAACCAGCCUGGUACUGAAGACCAAGAUGCUUUCGAAGGAUAUCUCGACGAGACACACGUCCGAUAUUCCUACAAGCAACACUGCGCCGUCACUCUGACCGGGCCUGAAGCUGCCGCGGACCAGAACGAUUGGCACCUCCCAACGUAUGAUCCUCAGAACCAGAACAAGUACCACUACAAACUUCACUCGCUUGACAUUUACUUCUGGACCCAACAAGAUGCGCUCCAGUUUGUCAAUGGUGUCAGGAGAGUUGCUCCGCCUUCGCACGUCGAGGUUUUGGACGAACCUGGCCCGCCGCCUCAACCUGCUCCAAUGAGCUCUGUGGUUCAGCAGCUGGAAAAUGUUGCCAUCUCAGAUCCUCAAUACGGAUCAGCUCAUGCUCCGACCUUUGCACCUCCCCCGACCGCUCCAGCUCCGGCCCCGGCUCAGUCUUCCGAGGCAACGGCAGCACCUGCUAGCUUCGUGCCAAUGGCUUACAACCCGGCAGCUCCAGCCGCCCCGGAGACAAUUCAGCACCGAGAAAAGACACCACCUCCGGAUGAAGAUCCCCUCAACCCGCUCGCCGUUGCUGUCGCAUAUGACUAUCAUAAGCAGCCUUUCACGCCGGGAAUGCCACCGCCCUCACAGUUCCCUCCCGGAGGCGUGACAAGCCCCGGACUACCUCCACCUCAGUUCGGUCAGCAUCCCGGAUUACACAGAGCUGCUACAAUGCCCGCUCAAGCACUUGGGAGUCCAUAUGGCGCGACUUUCCCAGCUUCACCCGGAUUUGUAUCUCCACCACCUCCCCCGCAGACUCAACCACCGGCGCAAACUCAACCUCACUCGGUCCCAACACCACCUGCUUCCACCCCAGGUCUUCCUCCUCCACCACCAGGAGGCUUUGCACAAUAUAACUACACCCAGCAAGAGCAGCAGGCACCGGGUGCAGCAGGAUCGCAAUAUGGCGUCCAUCAGCAAUUAUACCGCCCUACACAAACAGAACUGGCCAAUUCGGAAAUUUACUCGUUCGGUCCUAAGACAACGGAGCCGCGAGGAAAGCUUGAGGAAAAUGCGGGACGGUUGGAACGUGGCGUAACAGGCAUGCUGAGGAAGUUUGAGAAGAAGUUUGGAUAA